AUGGAACCUCGACUUACAGAAUAUCAAUAUGUUUACCAGCAAUUAACAAAUCAUACAUUAGUUACUAAAAAUUUUUAUUCGUAUUUCGGUUAUACUUCCUUAUCAGACGGCAUAGAUGCACUUCGAAAAUCGUUAGAAUCAUUACGUGACGAUACUAAAUUUGGUGACAAUGUUAAGAGAUAUUUGAAGCGAAAUGAUUUUUUUACGAACGAUAGGGUAGAACUUUAUUUUGCGAGAAAAGUGAGAAAGGGUAAAGAAAAGAUAGCUAUAGAGACAACGUUAAACAUGGCGAACCAAAGACUCGACCUAGCCACUGAAGUCGUUCACAAAAAUGUACUUAAUCAUUUGGGUAAAGAAGCAAAUAAUUUAGGAGAAAAUGAAAACGACGAACAAAAGGAAGCUAAAUCAACAAUACGCAAACCAAAGAUUUUCCAUGUUACCUUGAUGAAAUCCCCCCCUCACGCUGAAUACCCAUAUAUGGGAAAAGAUUGGAUAAUGGAUGGUAUAAACUUGAGCAAUAAUCUAAAGAGAAUCGGUAUAAUUAAAUGUGGCCAUUUUAACUUUUCAGAUACAGACUGUACAUCACAAAUAAGUGAUGACCAUUGGGACAAGAUCAUAAUCCCAUUUUUAAAAAAACAUAAAUUGAAAAAUGCGUUUUCAACGGAAGAUGACGAACAAAUGCUAAUAAAUAUGUUCGGAGAAGAGAACAAAAAGAAGCUCUUAGAACCAGGCAAUCUGAAUUUGAUAUACAGCUUGACCGAUAUCGAAGAGGAUACCAUAAAAGUUCUUGAAAUUGUGAGUCGAAUACGAUUAGUUUUGUAUCUUAAAGAAUUUUCUGUUUGCCAGACCUUGACAUCGCUGGAGAAAAAAUGGCCAACAUCUCUUCCUUCUGAUCUAUUGGACAAGCGAUUGCGAGAUAUUUUAUGGGCUUCUGAGCUUAUAAAAUGGGAUGGUACUUUUCUAAAAGAAAUGAAAGAGCAAUGGAUCAAAACACAGUUAGCAUCUCGGCUCCUCGUGCCACUGAGACCAGUAAAACCAGGCGAAAUUGAAUCAAACGCAGAAAAAAUAGUCUCUAACUACAAUAAAGCAUUGACAUUAUCAAAAAUAAAGUCAAAAACUCGUGUAGAUGGACUUGAUGAUGAUGAAGAAUUUGAGAAUGUUUGGGUUGAACUGAAAGGUGGCUUCGGUAAUUAUCAUGAAGCUGAAAACCAAAACAAUCGUGAGGAUUUAGGCAUAUUGCUUAAAGGAUUCUCAAUAAUGUCCGCAAUGCAAGCACUUACGUUGCCAGAAGAUGCAAAGAAGAACAUUGGUGAUCUUGAAUUUUUCGGAAUAAGAGGGAUUGGAAAUCAUUUUCAGUUCUGGGGCAGUUUUCAGGCUUCCCAAUAUCUCAUGUGCUCGUAUCUAUUAGGAGAAUUUCGCUUACCAUCAUUUGAGGGAAGAGAGGGUAGUGGCAUUCAAGAUCUAUUAUAUGCAAUUAAAAUUGUUUACUCAUUCAAGGUAAGGGUGGAAGCCAGUAAAUUAAAGUUUCACCAGAUCAGAGCUCUAGCAAGAAGUAAAAGAAUUUUUGAAGCUGACUCUUCGCCAAUCAAAGCAAAAAGAGUUAGAGAACAACGAACUUAUCGUUGA